AUUUCAUUCAUUCAUUGAUAAGUUUACAUGUGGGUCACAGCAGGGUUUUACUAAACUUUUAGAAAAUAUGCCUGAAAUCAAAAAGAAAAAGCAUGUGUCUAAAAAGAAUAAAAAAGAUUGGCGCAAGCAUUGUGAUAUUCGUGAUGUGGAGGAAUUCCUAGAAGAUCAGAGGUUGGAAGAGAGAUUGGGGAGAUUUGAUUCAAAACCAGAUGAAGAGUUGUUUGUGAUAGACACACAAGGUGGGGAUGAAAUCCAAGAAGUGAAAACUAUUACCACAGUCAAGCCGUGUUCAGCAAAGGAGAGGAAAAGGCAGAAAUUGGCUGAAACACCAAAGUGCUUUGAAGUUCUUUUACCUACAUCUAAGGUAAAAGACCCCAAUGCAAAACGUAACCAUGUGAAUCCAUCUGGUACAAAACCAACUGCUUUGAGUAAAAUAACAGAGAUAAAAAGAUUGAAGAAAGGUGUUUAUGAAAAAAAGGUGGAGGUGGCUAGGAAGAAUAGAAAAAUAGCUCUAGAUAAGAAAAGAAGAGCCAAGCAAAACAGUAACACAUUUGAUGUUGAUCUGUGGGGAAAGGAUACUCCCGAAGCAAAGGGCAUCCCGCAAACAUUGUGCGAUGAGUUCAUACCACCAGAAGCACAACUGCACAAUGUAUUACCAGACAGACGCUUAAGACCUAAGCCUGCACCUCCCAAGACUGUUGUGAGCCGAGCUGCUGUGGAAGCUCCUCAUCCUGGUAUCAGUUACAACCCCAGUUUUAAGGAACACCAAGAGCUCCUCCAAGACGUUGUGCAGCAUGAACAGAAGUUGAUGAAACGCGAGGCGCAUCUCCAUCGCGUCACUACCGGCAUGUUCAGCAAGGUUACCCAGCAAGAGAGGGAGAACCAAUGGCGGGAAGAGAUGAGCACUGGCCUCCCCCAGCCCCACAAUCCGGCUAAUGACCCCGAGCCCGAGUCUGAUGGGGAAUAUAAAGCCAUAAACCCGCCUGUGCAAAACAAGAAGAAGGACCAUAAAGCUCGCAGGAAACAGAAGGAGAGACUGGCUGAGAAGGAACGCUUGAAACGACUCAAGGUGGAGAAGAAGAAGAUCACUGAUCUUUACAAACUACGCCAGCUUCAAUCCUCGAUAUACAACGUUCAUAAACGUCAAGCAGAAGAGCGCGAGAAGCGAGCGGCCAAGCGAGCAGUAGAGGAAACGACCGCUUUACCCGCUCUCAAUGCUCACAAGACGCCCAAGAAGGAACCAGAGUUCGUUGACCCCCAACAGCUGACCGGAGACUUGAGGCAGAUCAACACUAAAGUGAACCUCCUCCGCGAUCGCUACGAGUCGUUGCAGCGUAGAGGCGCAUUGGCCGCCGCCAAACUCAUGAUGAAGAAGAAGAAGCGAGUCAAGAGCUACUUCAAGUCCGGACACAAAGUCACCGACCAAGACGUCGACCGGUUCCUCAAGAGAUCAGCAGGCAAAAAGUGAUCUUAAUACGUUUGUAUAUUAGGGUUGACGUUGCGU